AUGCGGUCCCAGCACCCCAAAGAGAAGCUGGAGUCCCUGAAGUAUGCAAUGGCCACCCUGGUGAUGGCAAAUAAGCAUGACGAGAGCCCCUUUGGCCUACAUGGAACCACAGAUCACACAAUGAGCAUUUGCUUUGCCCAGCUGGUCCUGGACCCCACUCCAGGGUCCCAAGUCCCGCAGGGAUAUUUAUGUUCUGUUUCCAGUCCACUCGUGCUCUCUCACGGCCUCUGGCACAGUCAUAGACCAGUGCGUGACGUUCCCAUAUGUCCCCUCAAAAGUGAACUACACCAGGUUACCCUGGCAAAGGGAGAAUUUUGCCAUAUUCUGGAAAACCCAUCAAAUCCUCUGCUAUCUAAACAUGGAGAUGUGAUAAUUGGAGCAAUAUUUACAAUACAUCGUGGUACAGAGAUGCAGUCAUUGACAUACACUGAAAAACCUCAACCUUUAAUCUGCAAUAGCUUUGACCUACGUGAAUUACGCCAUACUCAGGCUAUGAUUUUUGCCAUUGAAGAAAUCAACAGAAGCAACAGCUUGCUCCCAAAUAUCACAGUUGGUUACAGGAUUUAUGACAGCUGUCGCUCAGGUUUGUUAUCUAUGAAAGCAGCCAUGGCUUUGAUGAAUGGUCAGGACAUGACAGCAGAUGAUGCCUGUUCUGGACAAGCAGUAGUACAAGCCAUCAUAGGAGAGUCAGAGUCUACUCCUACUAUAGCACUCACAAAAACUACAGGACCAUUUCAGAUCCCAGUGGUAAGCCAUUCUUCUACAUGUGAAUGUCUAAGCAACAUAAAAGAGUACCCAUCUUUCUUCAGGACCAUACGUAGUGAUUACUACUACAGUAUAGCUCUGGUAUAUUUGGUCAAGCACUUUGGCUGGACUUGGGUGGGAGCUGUGAACAGUGAUAAUGAUUAUGGAAACAGUGGAAUUGCUAUUUUUAUGAAAGCAGCCAAAGAGGAGGGAAUAUGUGUUGAGUAUUCUGAGAAGUUUGAUCAGUCAGUUCCUUCUAAAAUGAAAAAAAUUGCUGAUAUAAUUAAGAAAGGCACAGCCAAAGUAAUCGUUGUAUUUCUCGCCACCUUUGAUAUAAACAUUCUAGUAGAACAGCUCAAUCUAAAUAAUCUCACUGACUACCAAAUCGUUGGAAAGUCAUGGAUUUUUGCUGGUGGACUAGGAGCACCAGCAAGUGUUACUGUACUGGGUGGAUCUAUUGGAUUUGAUGUGGGAAAACUGAAAAGUGCUGGGUUUUCUGACUAUGCUCUCAACGGAUUUUGGCAAAAAGAUUUCCCUUGCUUGGAUAAAGAUGGAAAGGUUUCUCAGACUGAAAGCUACUGCAGCAAAUAUGAAGAGAUGAUUCAAUUUAAAAACUAUAGUAAAGAUUUAUCAGAACUGAGAUUUACAAAUAAUGUCUACAAUGCAGUUUAUGCUGUGGCACAUUCUCUACACAGCCUGUUGAGAUGCACAGAAAAGAGCUGUGAGAAAAAUAAAACAAUACAAUCAUGGCAGGUUGUAGAGUCUCUAAAAAAGGUAAAUUUUACCAGUAAAAUUGGGGACCAUAUUCUGUUCGACAACACUGGGGCAGUGGCUGUAAAGUAUGAUGUGUUGAACUGGCAACGAGGGCUCAAUGGAGAAGUGGUCUUUAAGGUUGUGGGCUAUUAUGAUGCCUCUUUACCAACUGGACAGCAAUUUGUACUAAAUCCUGAAGAUAUAGUCUGGGCUAGAGAGAAAAGAGAGAAGCCGAGGUCUGUGUGCAGUGAGAGUUGUCCUCCAGGAACCAGGAAAGCAGCACAGAAAGGAAGGCCUGUCUGCUGCUACGACUGUGUACCAUGUGCAGAAGGAGAGAUCAGUAACCAGACAGAUUCAAAUAACUGUGAGCAGUGUCCAGGAGAAUAUUGGUCUAAUGCUAUGAAAGAUAAAUGUGUUUUAAAGGUUGUAGAGUUUCUUUCAUUUACAGAAGAUAUGGCGAUAAUACUGAUAUUUUUUUCCUUGCUUGGAGCUACAUUAACUGUGUUAGUAGCAAUUUUAUUUCUUAUAGAAAAAGACACUCCCAUUGUUAAAGCCAACAACUCUGAGCUGAGCUUCCUGCUGCUCUUCUCUCUGACUCUGUGCUUCCUCUGUUCACUUACUUUCAUUGGAAAGCCCUCUCAGUGGUCCUGUAUGCUGCGUCACACAGCGUUUGGGAUCACCUUUGUCCUCUGUAUCUCCUGUGUUCUGGGGAAAACAGUAGUGGUGUUAAUGGCCUUCAGGGCUACACUUCCAGGAAGUAAUGUCAUGAAAUGGUUUGGGCCUCUACAGCAGAGACUCAGUGUACUCGCCUUCACUCUCAUACAGGUUCUUAUCUGUGUGGUUUGGUUAACAGUUUCUCCUCCUUUCCCAUACAAAAACAUGAACUACUACAAGGAAAAGAUCAUAUUAGAAUGUAGUUUGGGAUCAGCUAUAGGUUUCUGGGCUGUGUUGGGGUAUAUAGGAGUUCUUGCUUUCUUGUGCUUUGUUUUAGCUUUUCUAGCUAGGAAGCUGCCUGAUAAUUUCAAUGAAGCUAAAUUCAUUACAUUCAGCCUACUAAUAUUCUGUGCAGUUUGGAUCACUUUUAUUCCAGCUUAUGUGAGUUCACCUGGAAAAUUCACUGUAGCUGUGGAGAUAUUUGCUAUUCUGGCCUCCAGUUUUGCUCUACUAUUCUGUAUAUUUACACCUAAAUGUUAUAUUAUUCUGUUUAAACCUGAACUGAACUCAAAGAAAAAUAUGAUGGGGAAACCGGCAUCUAAAUCACUCUAA